AUGAAUGCUCUAGCCACAGGUCAAUUCGGCCGGACUGUCAUUUUGCGGGAAGUUGCUGAGGCUGUGUCCGAUAGCGCGGGCGAAGUUGCACAACGGCAAUCGAGUUGGCGCGAGUACCGACUACGAUUAUUUGUUACUAUGCCAAAUGGGCGCGGCGCUUAUGCACGAUCCAAACGCUUAAUUGGCUCCUCGGUGACAUGGUGCGCUGCCAUCAUCGUCCCAAGUCCGUUUGUACACACCCACCCUGCAAUAAGCCUGGAGAAAGCUUGCUUUUCUUCACCGCAACGCGGCUUCGAAAUAUCAUUCAAACACAUCACGAUAUUGAGUAAAGGAGGGAUGCGGGACAUGCACCUCCCUACACUAACAACGUUCCACCAAUAG